AUGGAGACAAAUAACAGAACCGUCAUGUCAGACUUCAUCCUCCUUGGCAUCUCAAGCCAACAAGAAUGGAACAUAUUGCUCUUUGCCAUUUUCUUGACCAUGUACGUGAUCACAGUGCUGGGAAAUCUUAUCAUCAUUUUGGCCAUCCGACUGGACAGUCAUCUUCAUACUCCAAUGUACUACUUCCUUAGCAAUCUAUCACUGGUAGACAUAUGUUUCACAUCAACUACUGUGCCCAAGAUGUUGGCUGGUGAAUUCUCUGGAAAGAGGAAGAUCUCAUAUGGUGGAUGCUUGUCUCAAAUGUAUUUCUUUAUUGCUUUUGGCGUCACCGACAGCUUUCUCUUGGCAUCUAUGGCAUUGGAUCGCUAUGUGGCCAUCUGUCAACCCCUGCGCUAUGCCACCAUGAUGAGAAAACAAAUCUGCCUGUCAUUGGUGGUGACUUCCUGGUUGGCUUCUCACCUCCAUUCCCUCCUGCAUACGCUCCUGAUGUCCCGCCUCUCUUUUUGUGCCUCCAGUCAUAUGGAGACAAAUAACAGAACCGUCAUGUCAGACUUCAUCCUCCUUGGCAUCUCAAGCCAACAAGAAUGGAACAUAUUGCUCUUUGCCAUUUUCUUGACCAUGUACGUGAUCACAGUGCUGGGAAAUCUUAUCAUCAUUUUGGCCAUCCGACUGGACAGUCAUCUUCAUACUCCAAUGUACUACUUCCUUAGCAAUCUAUCACUGGUAGACAUAUGUUUCACAUCAACUACUGUGCCCAAGAUGUUGGCUGGUGAAUUCUCUGGAAAGAGGAAGAUCUCAUAUGGUGGAUGCUUGUCUCAAAUGUAUUUCUUUAUUGCUUUUGGCGUCACCGACAGCUUUCUCUUGGCAUCUAUGGCAUUGGAUCGCUAUGUGGCCAUCUGUCAACCCCUGCGCUAUGCCACCAUGAUGAGAAAACAAAUCUGCCUGUCAUUGGUGGUGACUUCCUGGUUGGCUUCUCACCUCCAUUCCCUCCUGCAUACGCUCCUGAUGUCCCGCCUCUCUUUUUGUGCCUCCAGUCAUGUUCCCCACUUUUUUUGUGAUGUCUUCCCACUGCUCAAAAUCUCUUGCUCCAACACAGCUCUGAACACUCUGGUAGUACACUCAGAAGGUGCAUUCAUUGUCAAUGGCGCCCUGAUGGUCAUUGGCCUUUCUUAUGCACACAUCCUGAUGGCUGUACUGAGAGUUCCUUCUGCCAAGGGAAAGAAGAAGGCUUUCUCUACCUGUGGGUCCCACCUGACAGUGGUUUCCUUAUUCUAUGGCACUGUCAUCUGGGUGUACUUCCAGCCCUCAUCCAAUUUCUCAGCUAAGACAGACACUCUGGCUGCCAUCAUGUACACAAUGGUCACUCCCAUGCUCAACCCCUUCAUCUACACACUGAGGAACGACAGGAUGAAGGAGGCCCUGAGGAAGCUAUUCAGAAGGAAAGUAAACACCCAAGAUAUGUAG